AUGCGGAAGACAGAUUUGAGGAAUCAGCACAAACAGCAACGUCUGAAGCAUGAGAAACGGUUACGGUCUAGUGGGCCUCAGGAGGUGACUGGAUGGGAGUCGUAUAUGAGUAACACUCAAGCGGGGAAGCUUGUAGGAUAUUUCUCCUCCGUGGACUUUAAGAAGAUGAAAUGGUGGAAAAUGAAAGAUCAACUUGCCACUAAUCUGCAACAGAAGAAAGGCUGGACAGCCGAUCUGAAUCUGGAAGAGGGGUACACUACGCAAGAUGAAGCCCUGGAGAAGUUGUUGGAAAUUGGGGAAGCUAUCGCAAUGCAAGUAUCUGCGGUUUCCACCCGACCGCACUCAGAGGAUGAAGACGAAGUUCUGUGGGCUAAGAAAAUGAUAAAUGAAGGAGUGCUCAAGGAUAAGGCAGCUGCUGCCGUCACGCUUGUUGAAGCUUGCCCGAUGGUCCACUCAGCGCGGUUAAAAUCUAUCCUGGCUCAUGUCAGCGCAAUUAACAGAACAGAGAAGGAUAUUGGUAUUGCCGCAAUGGUCCAGCUCUACGAGUCCAAGCUCUUGAUUCCCAACAAGGAGGAACUCCAAGUGUUCAAGAAGCCGGAGAAGGUGGCUGAAAAAAAACAAGAAUUCGCCUACAACGAGAUCGCCCUCAAAUUCUUCAUCAGGAAACGGGGAAAUAAGUUUUAUAUCAUUGAUUCGGCGCAACUAAUAAACGACGGCCCCUUACCGCGACUGUUUCUAUGUCUGGUGUUCGAGCAUAUUUUGGCGACGACAAUUGCGCAAUAUUUAUUCGAGUUGCACACGCGUGUGUCCGACUCUGUCGAGCAUACUAGACGCGUCGUCUAUGAGUCCUGCGUGGAUAUGAUUAGGAAACCGAGUCAGCGCGAGACAACAACGCGCAUUGCGCUGCGUUAUCUCGGUGACCCGAGCUCCUCUCUGCAUUUCAAGAUAGGAAUGGCCUUUGGCAAAUUGUUUGUGGAUCGCGAGGACCUGAAGCCGUAUGUGUGCGCCAGAGUAGAGGAGAUCAUCUGGAUGCAGCAGGUCGAUGCGCAUGUCAUCAGCAGACGCGACGCGGGCAAUUUUUCGCGCCCGAAAUCUGCCGAAGGCACCCUGGCUAAGGUCUCGAAACGUGCCAAAACUGCCAAGAGGGAAUUGAAGCGGUUGGUCCGCAAGGUGGACGACAACCUCUUGGUGCGGCACGGCGGUGAGCAAAGAGCCCACACCACGAUUUGCAACGCCACCAAGUUCCUGGGUGAGGUGUGUUACUCAACCAAAAAUAAAAGCUUCAUCGAGGACCAGUUCCACCGAUUCCUCCGGUUGUUGCGGCGCUUCAUGGCCCCGUCGACAGCACCCAAGCUGUUGUCGCUGCACUCUAAGCAACUCAAGUUUGUACGAGCGCAAAAGAAAAAGCAGCGACAAGCCAAGGCGCAACCGGCCGCGUCGCAAUUGGCCAGCAAGGUGAGCGCGGCCACAGAGGCGAGCGCCACGACGGAGACCACAGAGGCGAGCGCCACGACGACGUCGACGACGGUGGACCCGGCUGUGGCGGAGGCUGCAGCGCGGCGGUUGAUCGGCGAUCCGAUUUCUUACGCGACGGGGUUGGGUAAUACAAUAGCCGGUACCCAGGUGUUGCAUUACGUGUUGCACGGGCUGAAGCGAUUGAUUCCAUACAGUUCUGAGGAGAAGGCGCGGAAGUUGAUGACUACAGACGUGCGCACGGGAGAGUCUGUGAUGGCCUUUGUAGCGGUGUCCGACGAGUUGAUGAAGAUUGCGCACAAGGCGCCGUGUCUGGUGACCCGCGUGCAUGCGUGGGUGUUGUGUCACCUGAUGCUGAGUAAGGUGCAUGAGCAGCGGCGGAUGGUGGGCAAUUUGUAUGCGCAGUUAAAGGAUUUGCGCAUGAUGCACACGCGUGCGAGACAUGCCUGGCUGGAACUACACCUGGCGAUCGUAGCCGACACGAGUUGCAGCGCAGUGGCUCGCGCAGCGUACCUGCGUCGCCUCGUCUCGGUCUUGGCGCUUUCUGAUUGCGAAGGCGGCCUCCUUCCCGUGUUCGCACACGUCGACCAAGUGCUACGACGCGACGAGACCGCGCUCCGGGAGUGGGUCCUGGAAUGUCUCGGCGCCAUGCGUCCGUCUGGCACCGUCCAGGGCAGCGGCUACGACGCCGAUGCCUUCAGUCCCGAGAAGUCAGAGUCGCUGAGCUCCAUGAUCUGGGAACUCACACUCGCUCGUUGCCACAUGGUUACCGCGCCACGUGAUGCGUUCGCCGCCCUUACCACUGUCGCCGCUGCCAGCGAGAGCGAAACCGAACCACCUUCGGUCCUCUCGCUCCUCGGCUGGGACUCUCUCCAGCCCCUGCCUGGCCGUCAGACUGAGGAAGCCGGUGCCGCGACCGGCACGCCUACUGCCGCUGCGGCUGCUAAGAGACUGAAUAAAACGAUGCUAGAUAGUCAGUCCCUUAGCGUCUUGUACCGGCUGUUGGUGAAACAAACUCUACGAAAGGCGCUCUCCGCACCUGGCGGCAAGACGGGCGUUCAAAUCUCAGAGGAGGAGGAGGAGGAGGACGCGGUCGCGGUCGAGGCCACCCAGUUCUGGGACUUGGACAUAUACAAUGGGGCCUUUUGGCGCGCGGUGGGCGCAACACACUUCGCUUUCCCCUUCCGCAGAAUGUUGGAGCCCGCUUUCAGAAGCUCCGCCAAAGAGAAACGCCCUGGUGCCACAGAUUUCGAAGACGAAGUGGACCGUAUGGCCGACGCCUGGGUCACUGGCGCUACUGGGCUUGCCGACGACGACGACGAGGAGGACACCGCCGACCUCUCGGGAGAUGAAUUCUCCGACGUGGGAAUGGAUCUCGAAUAA